UCUUGAACAAUUACAUUACCAGCAUAAAGCUGAGAGAUGACGUUUGAUUUAUAUUCUGCAAGCUAAUUGAGUUGACAUGGUCGUUUCAUAAUGUCAAAAGUAAGAAUGCUAAUUCUAUAUAUACUUCACAUUUAGAGUGGGGAGGAGCAUGCUUGAAAGAAUUUACAGUUUUUUCGACUAAAAGAUCUCCAACAACAUAAGGAUAUGGAUUCGAAUCCAUGAUCUUAGACAAAAUAUUCCCACAACACAAGAUUCUCUUCUAGAAUCUGUUUGCUUAGUGUCGAAAAGAUGUUAUCAAAAAGCUAUUUAUUGUUUGAGCUUGUCCUCGCGUAUUUUCUUAAUCCAAUACCUCUUGUUCAUGCACAGGAUGAUCCACCAGGUUUUCUAAGCAUAGAUUGUGGAUUGCCAGAAGGUUCUGACUACAAGGAAACUUAUACAGGACUAAACUACAAAUCAGAUGCAAACUUGAUAGACAGUGGUGAGAGUAAGAGUUUAUUACCUUCCCUUAUAAGCGACUCGUAUGAAACAUACUUGGGUAAUGUGAGAAGCUUUCCUAAGGGGAAGAAAAACUGUUACACCAUUCAACCGUCAGGCGGGAAAGGUAGCAAGUAUCUGAUCAGAGCAACUUUCAUGUACGGGAACUAUGAUUCUUUAAACCAGUUCCCAAUAUUUGAUCUCAAUCUCGGACCAGACACCUGGAGCAAAGUCACAAUUGAAGCAAAUUUAUCAGUCGAGAGAAAAGAGAUCAUACAUGUUCUGUCUUCAGAUUAUAUACAUGUUUGUCUCGUAAACAAAGGUACUGGGACACCCUUCAUUUCAGCACUAGAGUUGAGGCCACUCAGCAGUACCAAUAGCAUGUAUACAAUUGAAUCCAGAUCAUUGCAAACCCUAAUACAUGCUGAUUGUGACUCUAAAGUCACCAAUACGGAUACCAGGUACAAGGGUGAUAUUUAUGAUCGAACAUGGUAUCACUUUAACGUGUCAACCAACAAAGAAGUAAAUACUUCAUUAGACAUUAAUAAUGCAAAUGAUUACCGAGUACCAACAAAUGUGUUAAGGACUGCCAGCAUACCAGAAAACGCAACUGAUUCUCUGCAGUUUGAGUGGACCACGAAUAACGCCAGUGAUGAAUUCUAUAUGUACAUGCACUUUGCCGAAGUUGAAAAACUCCAAGCCAAUCAAUACAGAGAAUUUAACAUCUACAUAAACGGAAAACGCUGGAACAAACAACUGGUAGUUCCAGAGUAUCUAAGGGCGACCUACUAUUACCCCCUAUCUCCACUGACAGGCAAUACAGAGUACAUAGUCACCCUCAACAAAACCGCAAGUUCAACCCUUCCUCCCAUCAUUAAUGCCUUCGAGAUCUAUACGGGGGUGAUAUUUUCAAAAUCAGGAACGAAUGAGACAGACGUUGCUGCCAUACUUAACAUCAAGUCUACCUACAAAGUGACAAGAGACUGGCAAGGAGAUCCUUGUGAACCAGGAGACUUUCUAUGGGAUGGUCUUAAAUGCAACUACGAUACAUCUGAUUCUGCAAGGAUAAUAUCGCUGAACUUGUCCAUGACUGGACUGACUGGUGAAAUAGUUCCUUCUAUAGCUAAUCUCACAGAAUUGAAAACCUUGGAUUUAUCCCGCAACAACUUGAGCGGCCAAGUGCCAGACUUUUUAUCUCAAUUGGCUUUAAGUGUCCUGAACUUAACAGGAAAUAACUUUACUGGGCCAAUUCCAGCUCAACUCCUCGAAAAUGAAAGACAAGGGAUUCUAUCACUAAGUUUUGAUGGUCAAGAAAAAGGAAACGAUACAAGCAAAAAAAAUUGUGAGCAGGAACCAUGUAAAAAGAAAGGCAAUAAGUCAAACGCUGCAAUUGUUGGAGCUGUAGUUGGUUCAGUUCUACUCUUGGCUGCAAUUUUGAUUGGCAUAUGGAUAUGGAGGAGCAGGAGAGCAUCACAAGUCAGGAAAUUGAGAAACCAAGCGCAAGUAAAUAAUGGUGACAUAGAGAAAAAGAACAGACAAUACACAUAUUCCGAAGUCUUGAAUAUCACUAGAAACUUCCAGAAAGUUCUUGGGAAAGGAGGUUUCGGCACAGUGUACCAUGGCUAUGUAGGUGACCUUGAAGUUGCAGUGAAGAUGCUCUCACCAUCAUCAACUCAAGGACACAAAGAAUUCCAAGCUGAGGCUAGUCUUCUACUGAACGUCCACCACAAAAACUUAACCACUCUGGUUGGUUACUGCAACGAGGGCACGAACAUGGGUAUAAUUUAUGAGUACAUGGCUAACCGGAGCUUAGAUAAGCAUCUCAAAGAUGCAGGAAAUAGCUUUGGCAUUUUAAGUUGGCAAUUCAGACUUCAAAUAGCACUGGAUGCAGCACAAGGACUGGAGUAUUUGCACCAUGGAUGUAAACCAGCAAUCAUCCACAGAGACGUAAAAACGAGUAAUAUUUUACUGAAUGAGCAAUUCCAAGCAAAAUUGGCUGAUUUUGGGCUUUCAAGAGCUUACUCGGCUGAAGGUGGCACCCAUGUCUCAACAGUUGUUGCUGGCACUCCUGGUUACCUUGACCCUGACUAUUACACUUCAAAUAGGCUCACAGAAAAAAGCGAUGUGUUUAGUUUUGGGGUUGUUCUACUUGAAAUGAUAACAGGACGGCCAGCAAUACUAACUGAAGACAGGACUCACAUUGCUCAGUGGGUUGACUCUGUUGUUCAAAAUGGUGAUGUUAAACAGGUUGUAGAUCCAAGGUUCAGAGGAAAAUAUGAUGUAAACUCUGUGUGGAAAGCAGUUGAAUUAGCAAUGACAUGUGCAUCACGAAUAUCAUCUAGAAGGCCAACGAUGAAUAAGGUGGUGAUGGAUUUAAAUGAGUGCUUGGCCAUAGAGAUUGGUAAGCAUGAUUCUGAUUUAUACUCCUCAAACGGAAUGGUCUCAAUGACAGAUAUGGAGAGCGCUUUGGCUCCAAGACCAAGGUAGUUCCCCUACAUUUGAAUUGUUUUAAUAAUGCCAUCAAGUGAUCAUCUGAUAGCAAGAAGAACACUGCAUGUACUUUAUUGUUAUUGUUGUAACCAGGGCCCUGGUUAAACUGAUAUUUGUUUGAUGUACUUUAUUGAUAUUUGUUUGAUGUUUUCAAA